AUGACCGACGACAUGUCAUCCUCACAUACCCAAUUGUCCUCCUCCACCUCCUCCUCCACCUCCGCUUCCCCCGCGAAGCUCUGCUCCAAGACCUACAAAAAAGCCUCCCAACUCUAUCUGACGCGACGUUUACCAGAGUCGCUAGAGUCGUUGCAGCCGAUUCUCACCGUCCCGUCGUCACAAGAAGAACGUCUGACAAAUGGCGACCACGUUGCCGCGGUCGCAACAAUUGCCACAGCUCCCAGCACUUGGAGGAUCAAGGUCUGGAAUCUCUACAUCACCCUACUGAGUGCCAUUGUGGACCUCGGCGCAGAAGAAGGGAAGGCUCAGUUCGGCCACAAGGAGUGGAAAGCGAUCGCGACGCAGGUCCGUGAGGGUGGUAUCUGGGAAAACGUCGUACAGACCGGAUACCGAGGUCAGGAAGGUUCCGUUGACGCCGAGGUUGUCUUCAACUUGAACUCAUGGAAAGCUCUCAGGGCGACGCUUAUUCUAAACCAUUCAUCCUCGCAAUCGCUAAAUCAGCAACGUCUCGAGACCUACCUCUCUUCCUACGGACAGCCGAACCUGGAUCUCACAGAUCGUCUUCGGGAUGCAUCAGACGGACUGCAAUCAGGUCGCAUGGCGACUGGCAACGGGACGCAUACCCCCAAGGAUCUGAAUGCGCGAGUCCGGAUCAUUGAAUUGUUCACUCUGCAUGUGCUCCCACGGAACGGCGAAUGGGAGUAUGCGCAAGAGUUCAUCAACCUGAGCGAAGUGUUGGAUGAGGAGCGCAAGGAGCUUUUCUUACAAACCCUGGAGGGUCUCAAGGAGGAGAAAGAGCGGGGUGAGAUGCGCGCCGCGGAGCUGCAGCGUCAAAAGGAUGCCGAAUUUGAGCGGCAGCGCGAGGAUGAGCGGAGACAAGCGGAGGUGGAAGCUGCGCAGGCCGCAGCCGCGCACCCCAACGGACACAAGCGCAACGCCAGCGAGGUGGACUAUGGGAUUGAAAAGGGCAGCCCGCGCAGCAAGGCCAAGGGGUCCUCCAAAUCAGUGGACAAAUCAGCGUCCAGUGGUAAAGGAAGUUCCCGGACAUCCCUGCCGUCCAAUUCCAAGAGCUCGAAAAAGCCGGUCAAGGCUCAGCCUCGGAGCCCAACCCGGGCCACUGCAACUAUGCUGCGCAAUCUGUUCGCCAAGAUUGUGCACCGUGUAUCGGGGAACCCCAUGUCAAUAGCGCGUACUCUACUCUUCAUCCUGGGCAUUCUGAUGGCCAUGAGCCGACAGGGUGUGCGGGAGCGAGUCGGGAGAAUUACCGGCUCAGCGUGGCAGAAGGUCAAGGGAACUGUGGGGAUGGGUGUGAAAGUGAGCUAUAUCUGA